GUAAUUCUUCUAUGUGGCCCUCCUGGCUUGGGCAAGACCACUCUCGCCCAUGUUAUUGCAAAACAUGCAGGGUACAAUGUGGUGGAAAUGAAUGCGAGUGAUGACAGAUCAGUUGAAACUUUUCGAACAAACUUAGAAAAUGCAACUUCAAUGAAAUCUGUCUUGGGACCUGAUCCAAGACCCAACUGUUUGAUCAUCGAUGAAAUUGAUGGUGCACCUGCUCCGUCUAUUACCCUCCUUGUGAACAUGCUGCUAGGAAAAGACACUGGUGGGAAAAACAAGAAAGGCAAGAAGAAGGAGGGGUCAGCAAUGCUUCAAAGACCUGUAAUCUGCAUUUGCAAUGAGCUCUACACUCCAGCUCUGAGACCACUUCGUCAGAUUUCUCUUGUGAUUCAGUUCCCACCAACACACAGCGCAAGGCUUGCUCAGAGGUUGUUAGAAAUUAGUAGAAAACACAGACUGAGGGCUGAUCUAACAGUUCUAAUGGCACUGUGUGAUAAAACAGAAAAUGACAUCCGCUCCUGCCUGGCAUUUCUCCAGUUUGUGAGAAGCACAAAAAAUAUCCUACGACUGAAUGACAUUGAUGGUGUAACUCUUGGGCAGAAGGAUUACCAACGCUCCCUGUUUAGUGUGUGGCAUGACAUAUUCACCAUACCAAGACCUAAAAAAAAGAGACGGGGUAAUCCCCAUGAACAACAACAUGAAAAUGGUGUUCUACUUCCAAUGCCAGACUUGAAUGGUGAUCUGGAUAAUUUUGGGGAGGAGACCACCUUAUCAGCACGUUUCAGUUGCAUGCUUAGGACAGUACAGUCUUGUGGAGAAUAUGACAAACUGACUCAGGGCUGGUUUGAAAAUUAUCCAGCAAUGAAAAUUAAGAAUGCUGCUAUGGAACCAGUGACAAAUGCUUAGAUGGGCAGCAUUUACAGACAUUGUGCAGAAAGAAAUUAUGCAUAGUCAAGCAUGGACCAUGAUGGGUUUCCUUCCUUAUGCAUGUGUGUCCUACCAUCUACAGUUUGCAUCUUAUCAGUGGCCAAAAAUCCAAUUUCCCAAUCAGAUGUC